UUCAGUUCAGGCAUAGUUCGGUAGUUGUUGAAACUCGAAAGUAUUUGAUGCGUUUCUGCUGAAAAUAGAAGUGAAAAGACUUUUGUCUUGUAAUAACAAUAUUGGCAAUUAACCUGUUUUUUUAAUAUUUUUUGUUUGACAAUUGUCUUCCAUUUUCUUAAGUUUGUUUCUUGUUCCACUUGUUCAUGUCAUUCCUCUCUUUCUUUUGUCUUUUUUUUAUUGUCCGGGUUCUACAAAUUCCAUAAUUUAAUUCGUAAGUAACAUAACCCUGAGAAAGUUUAUCGUCAACUCUUCCAAUCUUAGUUUCUGGGUCUUUUUUAUUUGUCUUAAAAAGGCUGGUUUUUCUUUUUAUAUGGUUUGUGCUGUGCUUAGAUGAUCUAUGGAGAUUUAAUAAAAGAGUGUUCUUUGGAUUUGGAGGUAGAAUAAAAAUGAGGGUAUUUCCUGGAAGUCCAGGGACGCUGACUAGCCUCUUUUUGAGGGUUGCACAAUGUGUUUUUGCAGCUGGGUCAAUUGCUUCCAUGGCUACUACUUCUAGCUUCUUCAAUUUCACAGCUUUCUGCUACCUGAUUGCUUCAAUGGGAUUGCAAGUUGUUUGGAGCUUUGGUCUUGCAUUACUAGAUGGAAUUGCCUUGGUCAAAAGGAAGGUCCUUCAUAGUCCCGUUCUAGUCAGCCUUUUUGUAGUCGGAGACUGGGUGACAGCUACAUUAUCUCUGGCUGCAGCUUCUGCCUCAGCAGGCAUCGCAGUAUUGUACUUUAAUGACGUGGGAAAUUGCAAAUUCGGAGAAGAAUGCCAAAAAUAUCAAUUGUUAAACCAUUUGUUGUACAGGGUUUUGGUUUUCUUCCACCUUCAAGAACGUGUUAAUCUCAGAAAUUUUGAUCUUCUCAUAGCGUCCAUACAAAAGAAAAAAGUGAAUAUAGUUUUAUGAUACUCAGCAUUGUUUAUUUCCUCAUUUAGGAAUCAUUUUUUUUGUUUCUGGUGGUGGCAAAUAAAACAUCAGUUUUGUGGAUUUGAAAAGUAAAUAGAUAUGGAA